AUGGGGGUGCUGAUGUCCAGGCGUCAGACAGUGGAGAAGGUGCAGAAGGUCAGCUUGGCCGUGUCAGCCUUUAAGGAUGGUCUGCAGGAGCAGCCGUCGAUGCGGCGGCGGGCAGAGGCUGGGGGCACGCGCCGGGCGACGCUGGAGCAGGCGGUGCAGGAGGGAGGGGAGGAGGCAUCGGCGGGACCUUCCCAGCCGGAGGAAAGCAGUGCCAGCAAGGCAGCGUGGGAACGGCUGCGGGACGGCCGGGGUGUGGAGCCGGAGGAGUUUGACGGAGCCAACAGGUUCACACCACCUGCCUUCAUCCGGCCCAAGCGGGAGCUGCACGAUGAUGAGCCGCCGGACAUCAGCCUGGAGCAGCGGGAGCAGGUCCUCAACGACGAGAUGUGUGAGAUCUGCGAGGUGUGGACGGCCGAGAGCCUCUUCCCCUGCCGCAUCUGCAGCCGGGUGUACCACGAUGGCUGCCUGCGCCGCAUGGGCUACCUGCAGAAUGACAGCGCUGUGGAGGUGACGGAGACGGCGCACACUGAGACGGGCUGGAGCUGCUACUACUGCGACAACCUCAAUCUCCUGCUGACAGAGGAAGAGAUGUACAGCCUGAUGGAGACCCUGCGGCAUUGCAAGAUCAUUCCAGAGACCUGCCUGACCCUGGAUGACUUCCUGCACUACAAGCACCUGGUGCACAAGCAGCAGUUCGAGCGGCCCAUGGCCGAGGCGCAGGAGGAGCAGGCAGCCCUGCAGUUCUCUGCCCUGGACCCCGACAAGAAGGGGCACAUUGAGUGGCACGACUUCCUCUCCCACGAGUCCAUCCAGCUGCUGCAGAAACUACGGCCGCAGAAUGCUCUGCUGCGGCUGCUGACGGCCAAGGAGCGGGAGCGUGCGCGGGCGGCCUUCCUGGCCCUGGACCAGGACAGCGACGGCUUCAUUGGGGAGGGCGAGUGCCGCCGGGCCCGGCACGCCUGGUUCCGCAAGCACCAAAAGGAGACGCCAUCCUGCAACGUCAGCAUCAGCCACGUAGGGCCCAUGUCAGAGAGCAGCCCCGCCAGCAGCGGCAGCGGCAAGAGCCAGGAGAAGACCCCGCCGGCCACAGAGCAGGAGGAGGCCAGGCUCGUCGACUGGCCCGGCUUCCUGCGGGAGAACGUCGCCUACAUCCUGGCUGCCCGCCCCAACAGCGCCGCCCUCCACCUGCAGCCCCCAGCCUAG